AUGAGUUACAGAGAAGAUAGAAUAAUAUGUACCUUCUACACUAAGAUAGGUGCAUGUAGACAUGGAGAGAAAUGCUCAAGAAAACAUGUAAAACCAUCAUCUUCAGAUACAAUCUUACUUCCUAAUUUAUACCAAAAUCCAAAGCUUAAUAAAAAUGACGGCGAAGAAUUAAACCCAAAACAAGUGCAAGAAUACUUUGAUCACUUUUAUAAAGAUAUAUUUCUUAAGUUUGCAUUAUUUGGUGAAGUUUAUUCGAUGGUGGUAUGUGAAAAUGACAAUAAUCACUUGAACGGAAACGUAUACGUGAAAUUUGCCAACGAGGAUUCGGCCUACAAUGCUGUAAUGCUUUUAAACCAAGAGUGGUUUGGAGGACGCCCAGUCCACUGUGAGUUGUCUCCAGUAGAGAGUUUCCACGAUGCCAACUGUAGGGCAUAUGAGAGUUCUACUUGCAAUAGGGGUGAUCAUUGUAAUUUUAUGCAUGUACACAAGCCAACACCCCAACUCAAAUCCAGUUUAUUCAAGAGUCAAGAGAAGAGUAUAUUGACGAAACAACUUCAGCUUUUACGAGGAGAAUUGACUGGUCUGGAAAAUAAAAAUGAAGAACACGAGGUAGUUAGCGAACAAACGUCCAAGCCUGCUGAAACUACAUCGACUGAGACAGUUGAAAAGCUCUUUGCUAGUAGCAUACCGUCACAUAUAUAG